UACAAUGUACUAUCAAAUAUAGUACCUCUUUAUGUAGUAAUGAUUUCAGCUUAUGUAUCAGUAAAAUGGUGGAAAAUAUUUUCACCAAAUGAAAUCUCAGGAAUCAACAGAUUUGUUGCAUUAUUUGCAGUCCCACUUCUAUCCAUCAAAUUUAUCUCAAAUAACAACCCUUACGCAAUGAACUUCCGCUUCAUCGCGGCAGACACAUUGCAAAAACUUAUAGUCAUUGUGAUAUUGUUUAUAUGGUGUAAGCUGAGUUCAAGAGGGUCUCUUGAAUGGUGUAUCACCCUCUUUUCACUUUCGUGUCUUCCCAACACGGUUGUCGUGGGCAUUCCUUUGUUAGGAGGAAUGUAUGGCCAAGACCUUUCGCAGUCUUUGAUGGUGCAACUUUCUGUUAUACAGUUUAAUGUAUGGUUUCCUAUUAUGUUGCUCUUGUUUGAAUAUAGAAGAGCAACAAUAGUCAUCGUUUCUGAUGAGCAAGGGACUGAAAUGAGUACUGAUCGUAGCUCAUCUUCGCUUGAAUGUUCUAAGAAAAUUAGUGAUGCGAGUUUGGAGUUUGAUGAGGAAAGAGAGUUAGAUAUUUGUGUUCUUUCUUCUAGGUCAUCAACCAAGAUUAGUGAUCAUGAUGAUGAAGAGAAUUCUUGCCCUAAAGAACUACCGAGCUCGACAUCGAAGGUCGAAGUCCAUGUAGAAGAUAUCGUUGAAUGUAAACCCAAGUUGACAAACACACUUCCUGUCCCUGCAGCCGGAAAUGUAAUGACAACCAGGCAGAUUUUGAUCAUGGUCUCUAAGAAACUCAUGAGGAACCCUAACUUCUACUCUAGUCUUUUUGCCUUAACUUGGUCCUUGAUCUCGUUUAGGUGGCAUGUUGAAAUCCCUGCAAUGGUGGCCAAUUCAAUUAAAAUUUUCUCUGAUACAGGACUUGGGAUGGCAAUGUUUAGUCUUGGCUUAUUCAUGGCUUCACAACCUAAGAUAAUUUCUGGUGGGAGUGCAUUAGCUGCCUUAGCUGCAGCCAUGAGGUUCAUUGUGGGCCCCGCUAUCACGGCGGCUACUUCGUCUGUUAUUGGAUUAAGAGGAACUCUCUUACAAAUUAUCAUUAUGCAGGCAGCUCUACCACAGGCUAUUGUCUCUUUUGUCUUUGCUCAAGAAUACAAUGUUCAUCCUUGUGUACUUAGCACAGCGGUUAGCUUUGGAAUGUUAAUAUCGUUACCAAUUACACUGGUUUAUUACAUCUUAUUGGGGGUUUGUAUCAAGUGAAGGGAAUAGUUGCAGCGCACGAAUAAAAAAACAAGCUAUUAGACUAUUAGAACACUAAGAUUAUGUACAACGAUUGAAUUGAGUACACGUUAACCUUUUAACCAUCCCUAAUAAUAUGGCAUAGCCUAUUUCAAUGUAACAAUAUUUCAAGAGAUGUAAAUAUUAUUAGUUACUCCCUUCAAUUCGCUCCCAUCAGAGUCUCCAACAACAGCUUUGGUUUCAGAGAAUGUUGUUUUGUUGGAGAUGGUUAUGCUGACUGAAAGAGAGGUAUGAUUCUCGCAGUAUCUGCUAAGAGUAAGUUAGAAUGUACUUAUGUUCAAUGUCACCUAAGUUCUUU